AUGGCUCAAGACUCGCCUAUUUCGUCAACGAAACCCGCUCAGUUCACCACCAUUUACGACGACGAUACGACGAAACGAAAUUUCGACCCUAUUCGUAUUCGUACCUCAGACCGACUUCUUCACGAUCCUCUUGCACAGGAACUUUUGAAUAUCACAUCCGAGAAUUCUUCGCCGGAGACAGAAGCUCUUAGUGAGGGCAAAACAUCCUACACUAAUUAUGUCGCGGAGAAAGUGCGCAAACACGUAGCGGAGUCAGCAAGCAAGGACGCAAACGCACAGCAUGAGUUGUUAUCACAAAUAUUACAUAUCGGCUUUGCCGCACUGUUUUGUUUCCUCCAAUCCAAUGUUACCGGCCCGCCCUUGGAGUUUAACUCGGCAGUCGUUGUGUUUGGGGAGACAGUUGCCGGCGACAAGGGAACCCUUAAUACCGUGCGACGGAAAAUGUUGAGAGAUUUGUCCAUAGAUGGAGAAGCAGUAUACCCGCUUACACCAAACAUUGAGUUGUUUUGUGUUGCCAAGGCUAUAUUAGUCGAGUCAGGUGUGUUUGUGGCUGAUAAUUCGCCUCUCGUUGCACGGACAGGACGCAUGAGGGUCAACUUCUUGCAUCAAAAGAUGCUCAGCGAGGUAUCAGGAACACUGCAGAAGGCUAUUUAUGAUGAUCUCGAUGUGAUCAGUGCGACUGUUUUGGGCGAAAAUUCGGAUUCCAUUGGUAAAAUGAAAGCUGCCUUUUUACUCGAACGAGCAGCAGUACAUACACAUCACGGAUUAGAUGCCAAAGCCCGAUCUGAUCUUGACAGAGCAGCUUCCGCAUCCGGCUUUGAGUACGCGCUUACUGGAAAGUUAGGGAAGAGGACAAAGUUCCAAGAUAGAGAUAUCACGCAGCUCGUUGUUCUAGCCGUGAGCUCAGAAAUGGAAUCAAUGUCAGAGGCUACAGAAGCAAAGAGUGAGCCUGAGACAUCGGGACCUAAGGCUCUGGAUUUGAAUGAUGAUACUCUACUUGAGACAAUUGCUUUUGCAAAAGAAGGGGCACAGCCUGAAAAGCCCACCACCGUUCAAGAUGAAUCUUCUUUGCCCCCAGCACUGGUGGCGAUUGAUCCAUCUAACCAACCGAAACUCAACCCUCUCGACUCUGCUAUACUCCUUGCUAUUGCUUCUGCUAUUACGAACAACUCACCCGAGCACGGAUUGACUCGUGAGGAGACACUUCCAUAUGCGACACGUGUUAUUGAAAGUGGUAGUAACAACUGGCAGAUAUAUACUCAGGCUCUUCUUGUCCGCAGCCGAUGUGAAGCUUUCAAAGCACGCACCGUCGAAAGAGGUGUUCUACAAAUGCAGGCGCUAGUUGAUCAGGUCAUUGCUGAUACGGCUACUAGCAACACGGCAAUGGUGACUACUGACACAGUGAGCAACAAGCAGCAAGAACAGCCUACAACAUUCUUGCCUCGACCUGAGGAAUCAGAGUCUGCACCAGCGGAAGAACGAUUAGAGUAUCUAUGGACUCUUCAUUUCAAGACAAGGUGGAAUCUUGAAGCAGAACUUGCGCAGAAGUGGGUUAGCCUGGGUGGUCUUAGAACCGCUCUGGAUAUUUAUGAGAGACUGGAAAUGUGGGCUGAAGUCGCAUUGUGCUAUGCAGCAACUGAGAGAGAAGAGAAAGCCAAGGCGAUUGUACGGCGCCAAUUAUACGAGCCUACAAACCCGGGAACGAUCCACGAUGAUAAUGAGCGGUACGAGGGCUCUGAAUUGCCCGAAUUACCCGCAGAUGCACCACGUUUAUUCUGCAUCCUUGGUGAUAUUGAUUCAGAGCCAGCUAUGUAUGAACGAGCAUGGGAGGUUUCUGGUCAACGGUACGCAAGAGCUCAACGCUCCCUUGCUAGGCUAUAUCUGAAAGCUCAACCACCUGAUUAUGAGAAAGCGGAAGAAGCAUAUAAGAAAAGCUUAAGAAUAAACUUACUCAACCAUGGCGCAUGGUUCGCUCUUGGUUGUGUGCAAUUGAACCGCCAGAAAUGGCAUGAAGCUGUUGAAGCAUUCACUCGUACAGUACAGCUCGAACAGGAUGAUGCUGAAGCAUGGAGUAAUCUUGCUGCAGCUCUUCUUCACGUCUCUCCCGGGAACAAUAAACCCUCGGCCAAAGAACAAAAAGAUACAGAAGUCGUUGAAGGUGAAAAGGCUGAAGAAGAAACCGACCCUUACAAACACACUCGCGACGCUCUUACAGCUCUUCAUCAUGCCGCUCGACUUAAGCAAACAGAUCACCGUAUUUGGGAUAAUAUCGUUACAGUUGCAGCUUCGCUGCCUCCUCUAUUGAUACCUUACAAAGACAUUGUCUUCGCACUGCGAAAAGUCAUUGAACUCCGGUCACCAAAGAGGGGCGAAAAGGCUAUAGACUUGACUGUCUUAGACAUGCUGGUUGAACAUCUCAUCAAUGACUACAAGUAUGACGAUCUCCUUAUCACUGUUGACGGCACGAAUCAGAAAAUUCUACGUACCGGUACAGUAGCCGGCCAGAUCAUCACUCUUAUAGAUGAUGUCGUGGUUCCAUUAAUCACUCGCUCCGCUCCGCUCUGGCUUCUUGUUGCAAAGGUAGAGCUAUGGCGUCAGCGACCUAGCAAAGCAUUCGCAGCACAUGAGAAGGCGUGGCGUGCCACAAUCUCUUCGUGUACCCAAGGCGCAUUUCAGAUGGGUGAUGAGAAAAAGUGGAUUCAAAUUGUCAAGGCUACGGAACGUCUUGUGAGAGAUGGAUAUGCAAAGAUAGGUGGCAUGACUAAAGAGCGGGAAGAUGGAGCUAUACCGGAAGGUGAAGGCGAGGAGGAAUUGGUGGCUAAAGAUUGGAGGUUCAAGAGCAGGAGUGCAGUAAGGGGAAUAUUAGGUAAAGGCAAGGAUUGGGAAGGUACCGAAGGAUGGACGCAGCUCAAAGAAUUGCUAUCAGAGGUUGAUGGCUAAUCUAACUUGUUUGAGUGCGUUCUUUAAGACAAUAUACUACUCGUAUCUAUAUAAUUCAUAGAUCAGCUGUUCUUCAUGUCC